AUGACAGAAGAAAGCAAAGGGGAAGGGAAAGGAGAAAGCGGGAAAGACCUGGAGAAGCAGCUGCGCCUCAGGGUGUGUGUUUUGAGUGAGUUGCUGAAGACGGAGCGUGACUAUGUGGGCACUUUGGAGUUUUUGGUGUCGGCAUUUCUUCACAGAAUUAUGCAAUGGGCUGUUUCCAAGAUUGAUAAAAACAUUACUGAGGAAACUGUUAAGACCUUAUUCUCAAACAUUGAAGACAUUCUUGAAGUGCACAAGGAUUUCCUGGCUGGUAUUGAGGAGUGUCUACAUCCUGAACCUAAUGCUCAACAAGAAGUGGGAGCAUGCUUUCUUCACUUCAAAGACAGAUUUCGUAUCUAUGAUGAAUUCUGUAGUAAUCUUGAGAAGGCACAAAAGCUUUUGCUUGAACUUAAUAAAAUAAGAACAGUACGGACUUUUCUACUGAACUGUAUGCUGCUAGGAGGACGCAAGAAUACUGAUGUACCACUAGAAGGUUACUUAGUAACACCAAUCCAGAGAAUAUGCAAAUAUCCACUACUUUUGAAGGAGUUGCUAAAGCGUACUCCCAAAAAGCACAGUGACUAUUCUGCCUUAAUGGAAGCUCUCCAAACCAUGAAAGCUGUCUGCUCCAACAUAAAUGAGGCCAAGAGACAGAUGGAAAAAUUAGAGGUUUUAGAAGAAUGGCAGUCUCACAUUGAAGGAUGGGAGGGAUCUAACAUCACAGACACAUGCACAGAAAUGCUGAUGUAUGGAGUUUUGCUGAAAAUCUCUGCAGGAAAUAUACAGGAACGGGUGUUCUUUCUUUUUGACAAUCUUUUGGUCUAUUGCAAAAGAAAGCAUAGACGAUUGAAGAACAGCAAAGCAUCUACAGAAGGUCAUCGUUAUCUCUUCCGGGGCAGAAUAAACACUGAGGUGAUGGAAGUGGAGAAUGUAGAUGAUGGUACAGCUGAUUAUCACAGCAGUGGCCACAUUGUUCUUAAUGGUUGGAAGAUACACAACACAGCAAAGAACAAAUGGUUUGUGUGUAUGGCCAAAACACCUGAAGAAAAACAGGAAUGGCUGGAAGCUAUUCUAAAAGAAAGGGAAAGAAGGAAAGGGCUAAAACUAGGUGUGGAGCAAGAUACUUGGGUGAUGAUCUCUGAACAAGGAGAGAAACUUUACAAAAUGAUGUGCAGACAAGGAAACCUAAUCAAAGACCGGAAGAGAAAAUUAACCACUUUCCCAAAAUGCUUUCUUGGAAGUGAGUUUGUAUCCUGGUUGCUGGAAACGGGAGAGAUUCACAGACCUGAAGAAGGUGUUCAUCUUGGUCAAGCUUUGCUAGAGAAUGGCAUUAUCCACCAUGUUACCGACAAGCACCAAUUUAAACCUGAGCACAUGCUCUACAGAUUUCGUUAUGAUGAUGGCACAUACUAUCCAAGAAGUGAAAUGCAAGAUGUGAUUUCAAAGGGUGUAAGAUUAUAUUGUCGUCUACACAGUCUAUUUACCCCUGUGGUAAGAGAUAAAGAUUACCACCUAAGAACCUACAAAUCUGUAGUCAUGGCUAAUAAAUUGAUAGACUGGCUAAUUGCACAGGGGGAUUGCAGGACAAGAGAAGAAGCAAUGAUCUUUGGAAUAGCACUUUGUGACAAUGGAUUUAUGCACCAUGUGCUGGAAAAAAGUGAAUUCAAAGACGAACCACUUCUCUUUCGUUUUUUUGCGGAUGAAGAAAUGGAAGGCUCGAACAUGAAGCACAGGCUUAUGAAACAUGACUUAAAAGUAGUGGAAAAUGUAGUAGCCAAAUCACUACUGAUUAAAUCAACUGAAGGAAGCUACGGGUUCGGCUUGGAAGACAAAAACAAAGUGCCAAUAAUUAAAAUAGUGGAGAAGGGAUCAAAUGCUGAGAUGGCAGGUCUGGAAGUUGGGAAAAAGAUCUUUGCCAUUAAUGGUGACCUGGUUUUUCUGAGACCCUUCAAUGAAGUGGAUAGCUUUCUGAAAGCAUGUUUAAGCAGCAGAAAGCCCCUCAGGGUACUUGUGAACACAAAACCCAGGGAGACAGUGAAGAUCCUCGACUCUAUGGAUGGUCUUGGAUUCCAAAUACGAGGCUUUGGACCUUCUGUUGUCCAUGCCGUUGGAAGAGGAACUGUGGCAGCUGCUGCUGGCCUUCACCCUGGGCAGUGCAUUAUCAAAGUGAAUGGAAUUAAUGUCAGCAAGGAAACACAUGCAAGCGUUAUUGCUCAUGUCACAGCCUGCAGGAAAUACAGACGUCCAAUGCAUCAAGACUCUAUUCAGUGGGUAUAUAACAGCAUUGAGAGCGCCCAGGAAGAUCUUCAGAAAACAAACUCUAAACCCUUGGGUGAUGAUGGAGGAGAUGCAUUUGACUGCAAAGUAGAAGAAGUAAUAGACAAAUUUAAUACUAUGGCAAUAAUUGAUGGACGGAAGGACCAUGUCAGUCUGACUGUAGAUAAUGUUCAUCUGGAAUAUGGUGUAGUUUAUGAGUAUGACAGUACUGCUGGAAUAAAAUGCCAUGUUUUGGAGAAGAUGAUUGAACCAAAAGGCUUUUUCAGCUUGACUGCAAAGAUUCUUGAAGCACUAGCAAAAAGUGAUGAGCAAUUUGUGCAAAACUGUAAUAGUCUAAAUAGUUUAAAUGAAGUAAUCUCCACUGACCUUCAAAGUAAAUUCAGUAACAUUUGCAAUGAGAAAAUAGAACAUAUUUGCAGACGGAUCACUAGCUACAAAAAGUUUUCACGAGUUUUAAAAAAUCGAGCCUGGCCUACUUUCAAGCAAGCCAAGUCAAAGAUUUCACCACUGCACAGCAGUGAUUUCUGUCCAACUAACUGCCACAUAAAUGUGAUGGAAGUUUCAUAUCCUAAAACAUCAACUUCUCUCGGCAGUGCCUUCGGGGUUCAGCUAGACAACAGAAAACAUCUUUCACAAGAAAAAGAAAACAAACACACAGACCAAGGUAAAUUGAGUCCUAUGGUUUAUAUACAACAUACAAUUACCACCAUGGCAGCUCCAUCAGGACACUCCUUAGGUCAACAGGAUGGCCAUGGUUUGAGGUACCUAUUGAAAGAAGAGGAUCUAGAAACACAAGAUGUCUAUCAGAAACUGUUGUGCAAAUUGCAAGCUGCAUUAAAAGAGGUGGAAAACUGUGUUUCUCAAAUAGAUGACCUUCUGUCUUCAAUAACAUAUUCUCCAGAACAUAAAACUCACGAACCGUUAACGCCAACAGACAGUGAUAACGAAAAAGGAGAACACAAUGGGAAAAAGGUCUGUUUCAAUGUAGCAGGUGAUGAGCAGGAAGAUUCUGGUCAUGACACAAUUAGCAACCGGGAUUCAUAUAGUGAUUGCAACAGCAACAGGAAUUCUAUUGCUUCAUUUACCAGUAUUUGCAGUAGUCAAUGCAGUUCUUACUUUCACAGUGAUGAAAUGGAUUCAGGUGAUGAACUUCCUCUAAGUAUACGCAUCUCUCAUGACAAACAGGACAAACUCCAUGGUUGUUUGGAGCAUCUAUUUGGUCAGGUAGAUUCAAUUAUCAAUCUUCUGAAAGGACCAGUGGUAGCAAGAGCUUUUGAGCAGACCAAGUUCUUCACACCAGGUCGAAGUUUGCAAGAGUUUCAGCAGGAAAUUGAACUUAAACUCAGUUGUCCAAAGAGACUAAGACUUCACAUCAAGCAAGACCCUUGGAAUCUUCCCAGCAGUGUCCGAAACCUUUCCCAAAACAUCAGAAAAUUUGUUGAAGAGGUGAAAGCAAGGAUCCUUUUGGCACUCCUUGAAUAUGCAGAUAGUGAGAUACAGCUCAGGCGAGACAUGGUCUUCUGCCAGAGUCUAGUGGCCACGGUUUGUGCUUUCUCAGAGCAACUAAUGGCUGCCUUAAAUCAGAUGUUUGAUAAUAGCAAGGAGUGUGAAAUGGAGACACAAGAGGCCAGCAGAAGAUGGCUGGAACAGAUAUCCAAUGCCGGUGUUCUCCUUUACUUCCAGUCACUAUUGUCACCGAACCUGACUGAUGAACAAGCUAUGCUAGAAGACACAUUGGUUGCAUUGUUUGACCUGGAGAAAGUUACAUUUUAUUUUAAACAAUCUGAACAAGAGCCUCUAGUUGCAAAUAUGCCAAUCACAUACCAAGCAGAAGGAAGCCGACAAGCCUUGAAAGUUUACUUUUACCUUGAUAACUACAAUUUUGAACAACUUCCUCAAAGACUGAAGAACGGUGGAGGUUUUAAAAUUUAUCCAGUUCUGUUUGCCCAAGCCCUGGAAAGCAUGGAAGGCUACUAUUAUAGAGACAAUGUAUCGGUGGAAGAAUUUCAAGCACAGAUUAAUGCAGCUUCAUUGGAAAAAGUGAAACAGUACAACCAAAAACUCAGGGCAUUUUACCUGGACAAGUCAAAUCUUCCACCUAAUUCAACAUCAAAAGCUGCUUAUAUAGAUAAGCUGAUGCGGCCCAUCAAUUGUCUGGAUGAACUUUACCGACUGAUGGCGUCUUUCAUAAGAUCCAAGCGCACAGCACCCUGUGCUUACACGGCUUGCGGUGCCUCUGGAGUUGGGCUACUGUCAAUCUCUUCAGAACUCUGUAGCAGACUUGGAGCUUGCCAUAUCAUCAUGUGCAAUAGUGGAGUUCACCGUUGUACUCUGAGUGUCACUCUGGAACAAGCUAUAAUUCUUGCUCGGAGUCAUGGCUUACCUCCUCGCUAUAUCCUGCAAGCUACAGAUGUGAUGCGCAAACAAGGAGCAAGAGUGCAGAACACUGCCAAGAAUUUAGGAGUUAGGGACCGCACACCAGCCUCCGCUCCAAGGUUAUACAAGUUGUGUCAGCCACCACCUCCUGUUGGAGAGGAGUAAAGACUCCUGAGGAAUAAUCAAAAGACCAGUUUCCAUGACAGUGAAGUAAAACAUGAACGCAACAGUCUUUGAUAGAAUGUGCUUUGAGUACUGAUCAGCAGCAACACUUAGCUUCGGAUAAAGCAAUCUUUCUUCUUAAAUAUGACUGUGCCAACUACUUCUAGGGAAAAAAGGAUAUUUAGAUCUGAUGUGCAUGUUCUGUGCAUUUAUAGUGAGGACAUUUACAAUGGAAUAAUGUUGUAUUUUAAGUGCUUGCUUCAGCAGUGCCAGUCACCCAAUUAUGCACUGAUAACAACAUGCACACAAAGAUGUAGCACAGAUUGGAAAAACCACUACAUUAGACACUUUCAAAAAGUGAUGCCUUGAUCCAGUGGGAGAUAAAAGAAUAAACAGGUUAAAGUUGUAGUUGCACACAUAAUAACCUUUCCUCCCGCAGCAUUCUAAUUGUAUAAAUUGGAGCUGUACGGGAAAUUAGCAUUUCAGUGAGGAGGCAGUUACACACUCAAAGCAAACUCAGUGGGCCAUUCACAUAUCACAAUAAGCCAGGCUGAAAACAAGUCGUGGUGGUUUGGUUAAUUGCUCACUAAACCAUACGGUUGCCAACGGAUGAUCCGGCGCUUGCCAUGGUUGUUUCCCUCUUCAUCCUCCCGUUCGCUCCCACCUCAACAACCCACCUUUGCUGGAUUUGCAUGUAUUGACAAGCUACGACAUCCACCCCUCCACUAUGCAGCUCAGAUAUUUAAAUUGGUGGUUGCUGCUGCAACUUGAAACUACAUGGGAAAUUUACCCACAGUGGCUUUUCAUUACAUGCAAACUACAUCAGGUUCUAAGGGUAGCUUGUGCAUGGUCCCAGGACAUGGUCUGGGGGCAUAUGAGGCAGUCACCUUGCUGAAGCUAAGCUUAUCUGGGUCUGGUCAGUGCUUGGAUGGGAGCCCACCUGAGAACUGCAUGUGGCCAACUUGAGUUCCAUGAUGGAAAAAAGGUAGGAUAUAAAUGUAACAAAAAAUACAUAAAGUGGUUAACAAACCACACUAAGGAAACGGUGUGAGGUUCGAAUGUCACAACAAGCCACUCUGAAACAAACAGGUAUAACAACUCACAAUGGGUUGUUGUGUCAUGUGAACCAGGACAAUGUAUUCUUCAUACCGUCACAAGAGUUUUGUGUUUGUUUUGCAUGACUUGACAAUAGUAACAUUCAGCAUAAGAUGCUCUUAUUUAUUUCACAUUGAGAUGAGGGAACUAGAAAUGACAGUUGGGAUUCUGAUGACUCAAAAUUCUACUUCUUAGUUUCCUUGAUAAGCUGUUCAGGUGACAAUGACAAGAAUGUUUCCUAAAACAGUGAACUUUUUGCGUCAUAAAAUGUUUUGAUUAUGCUUGGUGAGUUUGGAGAAACUCAGCUGAGAACAUGCAUUCUUACGCAUUUUUAACUUCAGAAGUUCUGAAGCACAUUUACAUGAUUUUGCAAAUACAGGUUUUGUCUAAGGAAAAGUCCUACAAUCUGUGUGUAUUGUAAUUCAAAGGUUUGUAAUCUUCCUUUGUACUACCUGGAAAAUUAUGUUAUCAAGGUCUUGAAGUUAAAACAGACAGACAGGAUUGGAUACAAAGCUGUGAUUAAUAAGUUGGUCACACAGGAAAUUUUUUUUCUAUUAAUAUUUACACUAGGAAAGUGGCAAGACACUUUCUAUUCUAAUGUGAAUCACAUAAUAAUUUUGUCUCAUCAUGGUUAAUAUGAAAUGUAGUUUCUAAUGUGUUCUACAGAAGCACGAUAUAAAUUACAAAUUGGAUAUAAAUGCAUACCAUGUUCAGGACAUCUAUGUUAAAAUAGAAAGUAUGAAUGCUAGUGAAUGGCAAUGUGGAUUCACAACCAGAUAAACACCUGCAUAAUGCAUGUGCACAGAAGUCUAGUUCCACGAGUAAAUCUUCCGUUUUAGAUAAGGGUGGUUUACUGUAUACAGCAAGCAACUAAUCCUUUACUUUUCAAAUAUAUAACAUGCAUAAUUCACUUACUGAACUGUUAUGGUCCCUUGUAUAUGUCCCUUCCAAAAUCUUGAACUUUGUUUAUGUUUAAAUGUAUCUAGGGUAUAAAUUUGCAGGAUUCAGGUUCUAAGAUGUAAAAGUAAUUUCAAAUCAUCCACUGCAAAAUCAUAUUAAAUGUUAUUUCUGAGACUUGACUAUAAAUGACAUUUUCAUGUUGGAGAUGUUUGCUUAGAACUGAAAUCCUGCCUUCUGGACAUGAUGAAAUGCUGCUACAGUUCAAAAGCACAAUUUAGUAUACUCUAAUAGUGCCUGGAACAUAUUUCUACUUAACUCAUUUCAGUAUUGCUGGUUGUGGUAAAAUCCUUACUAUAAAAUUGUACUGUACUUCCACAAUUCUCAUAUAUA